AUGAAUAAUCAAAAAUCAAUAAAUAAUAAUAGAAAUACUAACUAUUAUAAAAAGGAAGAAAAAGAAGAUAAUACAACAAAUCGAGUAAAUAAUCAAUAUAUAAAUACAAAUUCAUCAAGAAUAGUAUUACCAUCACAAGAACAUCCUAUACAAACAGGUGGUAAAAGAAAUAAUAAAAAUCAAAAUUUAGCAUCACCAUUUAUUAGACAACAUUUAUCUCAUUCACCAAUAUUACAAUCACAAACUCCGAAUCAAACAUCGCAUUAUAAUCAACAACAACAACAACAACAACAACAUCAACAACAGCAACAACAGCAACAAUUACCUCAGCUUCAAAGAUAUCAGAAUCAAACUAAUGAAAGAAGAAUGAGUUUCACAAUGUUUUCACCGAAUGCUACUACUAGCCCUUUGUAUCCUAUUACAUCAAAUACAAGAGGAAAUAAUAGUAAUAAUAACAACAACAAUAGUCCAUCAAAUGCAAAUUCACCUGGUGCUAUUAAAAAAAUUAAACAAGAAGAUUAUUUAUAUCAUGCUUCAACUUUACCUCCAUCACCAUUAGCUGGAUCAUCAUUACAACCAAAUAUUAGUUAUACACGUAGAUCAAAUCAAAUACUGACACCAAGUGCAACAAAUUUCAAAAAAGCACCAUCUCCAGAAAAUGAAAAUGAAGAUGAAAGAUUUUUAAGAUUAGCAAGAGAUGCAUUAGUAGCUACUGCUAGAGGAAUUGAUCAAAGAAAUAGAGGUUUAGUUGAUCCAACUAUACUGGAUUUAUUAACAAGAUUACAAUAUGCUUCAUCACCUCAUGGUAAUCCUAUAGCGAAACUGGAAAAUUUACAAACUAAUGUAUCUGGUCAAUUAAAUAUUCAAGAAUUUUAUGAACUGUUUCCAAAUUUAAGUAAUGAUAUAUUUUCAGGUAAUCAACUGGAUAAUCAACAAGAUAAAAAAAUAAUUCCAAUUAAUGAUCAAAAUAGUGGUGGAAACAGUAAUAGUAGUGGGUUGUUGAAAAGUAGACAUCAUCCAGCAGGAAAUGCAUCUGGUUGGAAUUUUUUAAUUGGUGAACCAUUACAAUUGAAAGCAGAUAGUGAAAGAAGUCCCUUAAAUAAUCUAAAUGUAACAAAUGAUUUUCAAAAAUCAGAUCAUGAUAUACUAAAUAAACCUCAACUACCGAAAACUAAAUCUUCAGGAAAAAUAACUAAAAAGACCAAACAACCUAAAUCACAAUCAUUACAACAACAACUGCAACUUCAACAACAAAAUUCAACAACAAAUGAUCCAUCAAGAAAAUUCCUUUGUUCAAAAUGUUCAAUGUCAUUUAGAAGAUCAUCAGAUUUAAAAAGACAUGAAAAACAACAUUUAAGUAUUCCACCAAAUAUUUGUGAAUUUUGUGGUAAAGGAUUUGCAAGAAAAGAUGCUUUAAAAAGACAUAUUGGUACAUUAACUUGUAAAAGAAAUGCUGAUAAAAAAUUAUAUAUUGAUAAUUUAAAUUAUUUAAAAAAUAAAAUUAAUUUAAAUCAAAAAGUUAUUAAUGAUCAACAACAUUUAAAACAACUGCAACAACAACAACAACACCAUAAUCAUAAUCAACAACAAGAAGAAGAUGAAGCUGAUGAUGGCGAUGAUGAUGAUAACGAUGAUGACGACGAUGAUGAUGAUGAUGAUGAUGAAGAGGAUGAAGAGGAAGAAGAUAUAGAAGAUGAUAAUCAAGUGGAAGAAAGACAAAUUAAAAAAAUUAAAACCAAUACCAAUGUUAAUGAUGACAGAAACAAUAAAAAUAAUGAAGAUAGUCCGAAAUUUCCAACUUAUGGUUAUCAAAAACUGAAUUGGUGA